UAGGGUGGAGACACAAUAAAGUCACAAGAUAGUUGGGGAAUUCUCCGACAGGUAUUUCCAAUACCCAUUGGUUUGUUUUUAACGGUUGAAAUAGUUCGCAGGAGAAAACAGUUACAGCGACGACUUGGGAAUGACAGGAUUUGGUCCAAGUGGAGCUUGAACCAUUGUUGCGAGAGGCAGUUCAAAAAUCAACUACUAAUAGCCAUGGAUCUUCUACGCAACGUUUUAACCUUAAUUCUUCGGGAGUCAUCAUUCCUCUCGACACUAUGUGGAAUUUGGAUAAUAUUCAAUAAAGAAGAUCAGUUCGACAACACUAUUCGGCAUUCUGACUUUUCGAUAGAGGAGGUUUAUACAGCGGUAAUAAUCCUAACAUUCGUACUUGUCCCAAUCCAUGAUAAAGUAGAACAACAUGUGGCCCAAUUUCCUCACAUUGAUAAAGUAUUCAUGUGUUUAACAUUUUAUUAUGUGCACUCACAAUGCCAAUCACAAGGAAAUGAUGAGAUCUUAGCAGAACUCAUGGUAUUUCUUCCGUAUCUUUUCGAUUUCGGUAUGGAUAUUUUAGAAUGGUGUAUGGGUUACACGUACCAAGUAUCAAAAUACUACACUCCUCGCAGUAUUAUUCAGUAUAUGGUGUACAUUACUGGUCUGACAAUGCUAUUGACAAUUAUAGUCGCAUCUUGUGGACACUUCAUUCAAAAUCAAACCAGCGGAAUCGGAGACGAGACAAGUUUACAUCAUUUCAUACGGAAACGCGUUGUAAAUGAAAGACCUGAGGACAAAACGGAGCCUUUGGUUUUCGGUUUUGAUUGUAUGGAAGUAGAAUAUUCCCUCAGAUACGAAACUAUACUGUACAGAGAAACAAACUGUACCUCCCCGCGGCCAUCCUUGGUGACGACAAAAACGAUAUUGUCACGUUAUCGAGGCGAAGACAUACAAAUGAAGUGUCAAUAUGAUGUAGAUACGGAUGAUUUAAGUUUGAAGUUAAACACAUUAUGGUUUCGUGAUAAACAGUUGGUAGCAAGUGAAGACAGAUACCACGUGGAGGAUCAUUAUGAAUUGCAUGGUUCAACCUACCGGAUAACGAGCUUCUUAUCAAUUUACAUGGCCAAUAGUGGAGAUUUCGCAAAUUACGAAUGUUGGGGAGAAAAGCAAAGCGUGAAUACGAAGAAAGGCACAAUCUUCAGCAUCUUUGCUCUGCGAGCUUUCUUCAGUGUUAAGCCAAUUCCAUAUAUUCGUAAAGCAGUCCCAGCUCCUAUUGGUUUAUUCAUGACAUUGCGAUCUAUGGAUUAUUAUGUUUUGGGUAGAAAACAAUCAAUUCAAUUCGAGCACAGAGUGGAAAAUGGCACAGAUUCUGUAGUAUCCAAAUAUUUCAGUUUCAUGUUUGCAUGCAGUCCAUUUACAGCUUUGUAUUCGUCAAUACACUGUAUUUUCUUCAGUAAAUCCAGAUGUACAAGAGUACCCUUUGGAGUAACUCGAUUUAAAGAUGAUAAUCUUCUCCAGUACUCUUACGUUUUCUGUACGAAUCCGCAAAACAUUGGUGAACACAAGAUUCAAAUUAAAAGAAACAUCAAGAAUAGAAUUGAUGGUGAAGUUGAACGCCAUGUGUACGAUCUUCCAUUAUCAGUCAGCUUGGUUCCAGAUUCAAGUUUACUUUACAUGGAAAUGAAGAAUCUUAGUUAUCUCGAGGAUACAUCAGCAAUGCUUCAAAAGACACCUCCAUCAUGGGAUAUAAUAUUCACAGUACUGUCGUGGAUUAGAACUAUAUUAGAGUCAAUAUGUAUCUUUGCUUUAUACGUGUUCAUUUCGUAUGUACUUUCACAACUGUGGAGAAUCUUUAUUGAUUAUUACGUUGUGCGAGUGAAACGGAUUACCCUCAAGCGAGCAAAUUUGAUAUCAAAACAGAAAAACAAGAAAAGGGCCAAGCAACGACAAAAACCGCGUAAAUAUGAUGCUCUCGUUCUGCACCACGACGACGAUCGGAAUAUCGUACGCAAGGACAUUGUCCAACCGUUAGAGAAAGCAGGGUAUCGACUGCUGUUUCCUGCUAGAGACUGGGCUGACAAAGGAAACUUACCAGGGUAUAAGAUUCACGCAGAUGCAUUAGAAAACAGUGAACGAAUCAUUAUUGUAUUUUCCAACAAAUUCAAAAAAGACCAAUUUUGUAUGAAUACUUACCUUGAUAGUAUGACAAUCGCGCGGGUUGCAAAUGGCACCUUGAGACACAAAGAUGUGUGUUUUGUCCUGCUUCAACCCUGUGGCAACAUUCCACACGAUGCUAUGUUAGCAUUGCCACACGCGCCUGUGCUUAAGUUAGAAAGAAAACCAAAGAAGGGAAGGCAACUAGAAAAGUGUGUUGUUAAAAUCAGGCAAUGGAUCGAUGGCAAAUUGCCUUACAACAAUACCCGAAACAUUUUAUACACACAUGAUAUUAAUCAAUAAGUAGAGUUAUUGAUAGAUUGAUUUUGUUAUUUUACAGUGUUCAGUUUUUGCUACUUCGCCAUCACCUGUAAAUAUUUAAGCUGACAGCGUAACUUAUUUACAACUUGUUUAGUUAUAAGUUAAUAUACAGUGGAACUUCGUUAACUCGAAGUCGACGGGACCACGAAAAAACUUCGAGUUAUCCGAGUGUUCGA